CAGCCAUGUGACUUUGUGUCUGCGAGGUCUACAACAUUCAUCACAAACUCUCCAUCUCUGGUCGCGGGUCAUGGACAAGCUCAAGUCGGUGCUGAGCGGAGAGGAGGCGCGCAGGGACGACCGCACAAUUUUAGAGACGGUGAACGAGGCCUCCUCGCUGAGUUGGGGGACCCGACUGAAGGGCUUCGUGGCUUGUUUCAUUAUUGGAGCUGCGUGUACGGUUCUGGGAGUAUGUAUCCUCUUCCUGCCCAGAAUUGGCCUCACGCUUUUCAUCGUCUUUUACACUUUUGGAAACAUUUGUGCCUUGUGCAGCACAAUGUUCCUGAUGGGACCAGUCAAGCAGCUGAAGAGGAUGUGUGACAAAACCAGAGCACUUGCUACAACCAUCAUGAUUACGUGUUUGGUGUUGACACUGUGUGCUGCUUUUUGGUGGAAGAAUUUUGGACUUGCUCUCUUAUUCUGCAUCUUACAAGUAUUGUCUUUCACCUGGUACAGCCUCUCGUACAUCCCCUGUGUGAGGGAGGCCAUACUGAGGGCUUUGGCCAUGUGCAUGAAGUGAGCGACCCCUGUCUUCACUGGCUCCAGCUGAAUUUUAUAUUUAAAAUGGGGAAGCUGUUUGGAGGACUCUACUCAUGCAUCUGAUGUGCAUAAUAUGGGAGACUUCAUUGUCAUAGUUUGUAAUGUGUUUAUUUAAUUACUGAUUCUAAUGGUUUGU